AUGACCCCCCGAAGGCCAUGGCCAAUCAUCCUUUUCCUAUUGUCAUCAUCAUGUUCGGCGCAAGGUCCCAGCUUCAUAACCAACUACAUUGGGGACCCAGAAGCCGAUAUGACUGUGGUAAGCCCCCGAAUUUUUGAAUUCUGACAUUAGGUUUAGCCGCAAAUUAUCCGACAUUGGGGAUAUCCGGUGGAAAUUCACAGAGUCACCACCAGCGAUGGGUACAUUCUGCAGAUGCACAGGAUACCCAGAGGAAAGGAUGGUAAGUUGAAUGGCUACUACUACUCUUGCUACGUUUUUUUUCAAAAAUGCGUAGACUUUUUGUCACGAUGCACUGUGCAUUUUCUUUUUUUUCUUUGCACGGUGCGAGCUUUUUUUGAAAAAAUGUGGAUUUUUCGCAAUAUACGCACCAAAUCUACGGCCGUUGCAAAGAGUUGAGCGGCGAUUUCAAGACGCGACAAAUCCACAUUAUUUUCCCGACAACUGAUAUUCCAUUUUUUCAAAAGUUCAUGGACUUUUCAUCGUGGCGCACAGUGCAUUUUGCCUUUUGUUUCCGCACGGUGCGGACUUUUCGAACAUUUCGCACUGUGCAUUUUGCCUUCUUUGCACCGUGCAAAAUGUAUUCGAGCCAUUUUGCACUGUGCAUUUUGUCAUCCAUCGCGUGAAAAUGCUUCAGAAAGAUCGCAGCGACACUUUUUGAAACCCCUUUUUUUGUCGCGCAAUUUUUCGGUUGCACAGUGCAAAAUGUCAAAUGCACGGUGCAGAAUGGGGUUGUUUUGUGCGGUACGGUCCCACGAUAAAAGUCUGCGCACUUUUUGAAAAAAGUGUAAUAUCAGUCUGUCGGGAAAAUUAUGUGGAUUUGUCACGAAAUUAAAAUCGACUAUGGUUUUUCAAUGGCUACAAAUUUUACUGCGAUGAGACAAGAGAAUUUGCUGCGAGAUAAAUCCACAUUAUUUUCCCGACAGACUGUAUUAAUAAGUAGUUUUUCGUUUGCUCACAUCGGUGAAUAUCUCAACGUCACAAGACAAGCGCCCUGAAAUUUUCAGAACUUGAUGAUAUAUUAGGCUGUCGGGAAAAUAACGGCGGAUCGUUGCGCCUCGGAAUGGCUCAUCAUCGCUUUUUGACGGCUGCCAAAGCUGGGCCUUGGUGCGCGACAGCUCCCUUUUUUCGACGAGGUGAAACGUUUUGCUGCGACGACCCGCCAUUAUUUUCCCGACAGAAUGAUAGCCAGCCUUUACAAAUCGACCCUGAAAAGGUUGAAGAGUUGAAAAAAUAGCUCUUUGGGAAGCCUCAUAUCAGUUUGUCGGGAAAAUAAUGAGGAUUUGCCUCGUAGCAAAGUGUCCCGCCUUUUUGCAGUCGCCGUUGCAAAGCUAUGAUAGACGAUUUCGACGAAUCCGCAUUAUUUUCCCGACAGACUGAUUAUUUUUUAAAAAGUGCGGGGACUUUUAUCGCGGGACCGCACCGCACAAAACAGCCCGAUUCUCUUCGAUUCUUCGAUCCCACAGAAUCCUCAUUAUUUCCCCGACAGACUAAUCUCCAAUAUCCACUCUUCAGAAGUGAAUCCACCGCCCAACAAGCCGGUGGUCUUCCUUCAACAUGGCCUCCUCUGCACCUCCUCCGUAUGGCUGAUGAAUCUGCCCCAUCAGUCGGCGGGGAUGAUGUUCGCCGACGCCGGCUUCGACGUCUGGCUGGGAAACAUGCGGGGAAAUUCAUACUCGCGUGGCCAUCAGGACAAGAACAUCCCGAACGAAAAGUAUUGGCAUUUCAGUUGGGACGAGAUGGCCAAGUACGACAUUGAGGCCAUGGUGAACUAUGUGCUCAAUGUUACGAACCAAGAGAGUCUGUACUACAUGGGACACUCGCAGGGGACGCUGACAAUGUUCAGCAAAUUGAGCUUCAACGAUGGAUUUGCGAGAAAGGUAGGGCGUUUUCUUGGUGCAAUAAUCCGGGGCGUUUUGCCGCGAGGCGGCAGUUGAAUGUCUUUUUAGAGCGUUUACAAUGUAAAAAAGAGAUUUUCAGAUCAAAAAGUUCUUUGCGAUCGCUCCAGUGGGCACCAUCAGCUACGUAAAGGGGUUGUUCCGGUAUCUCGGCGAACGAUCUUACGAGCAAUUGGCUGUAAGUUAAUCAGCGUAAAUUUAGACGUCUGUCGGAAAAAUAAUGAGCACUCUGUCGCAUCGAAAAUCACAUCGCCUUUGAGAAAAUGUAUCGUGGCAAAAUCAAAUUGCUUUUCACUUCAGCGACGCGAUCGGCCCUCCGACAUUAUGCUCCUUAUCAGUCUGUCGGAAAAAUAACGGCGGAUCGUCGCAGCAAAAUGUCUCGCCUCGCCGCUAUCGCGCACCAAAUCCCAAGCCGCGGCUUGCAGUCGCAAAGCGAUGAUGGGCGAUUCCGAGGCGCGACGAUCCGCCGUUAUUUUCCCGACAGACUGAUAUUAUGCUCAUUAUUUUCCCGACAGACUGAUAACCACGUUGAUAACUUUUUUUCAGCUGUUCACUGCCUUAUUCGGAGAUCAGGAGUUCCUCCCGAACACCUUUCUCUCCCGAUGGCUGACCGAAUUUGUUUGUGGACUAGCCACUUCAAACCCCCUCUGCGAGAACUUUCUGUUUUUGGUGAGCGGACCGGACAGUCAACAGUUGAACAAGGUAAGAGUAGGAAGAAAGGGAAGAGUGUCAGUUAAAGAUGAAAACAGCAAAAGAUGACAACGUAACGGGAGCAAAGCAAUGCAAUAAUUGGCACUGAAAGCUCUUGAAGUCCGAAAAAGUUUCCGAUCCUUAUACUAGGUGCUUCAGAAAGUGCGUGGACCUCUUUCGACCGUUUUUCGCACCGCACAGUGCAUGUUACGCGACGCUAUCUUUGAAACAUUUCGCACUGUGCAAUUUCUUUUCGCACGCUCGAAAUUUGCGUCCUCUUCGUUGAGAAAAGCUUUCGCUGCGAUAUUGCACUUGCAUGGAUGCAAACAGUCAAAUUCACGGCGCAAAAAGGGCUUUUGUGCACGGUGCGACCCACGGCAAAAAGUCUACACACUUCCUGGAACGACUAGAACUGCAAAUAAAUCGUGUUGCACAAUGCCAAGAACCCCAAAACUGGCCUCUCAAUUUUUCGUUUCAAGACAAAAAAAAUUGUUUUGAAGGGACUGGGACUGAAACUUUCCAUCUCGAAGCCUGCCCCGGCCUCAAAAAAAUUAAAAUUUCGACCGUGUAGAAACUUCGUAUUUUACAAAUUUCAGACCAGAAUCGGGAUCUACCUGGCGCACAAUCCGGCAGGGACUUCCAUUCGAAACAUCUUGCAUUACUGCCAAAUGGUCCGGCAUAAAAACCUCCUCGCUUAUGACUAUGGAAUGGACGAAAACAUGAAGCAUUACGGCAUGGUAAUUUCUUUUCACUUCGACAAAUAUCCGUCUGUCGGGGAAAAUAAUAAGCACAUUGUCGCUGCACCGAUCAUGUCGCUGAAGGAAAAAGCGAUUUGACUUUGCCGCGACACAAUUCAUUUUCCCACCGGCGAUGUGACUUCCGAUGCGACAAGAUGCUCAUUAUUUUCCCGACAGACUGAUAUAUUUGUAAAAUGCGGCGCUGAAACUUGUCAAUGCAAUUUCAGGUGGUUCCAAUCGAAUACGAUCUCCGCCGAAUUAGCGGCGUCCCCAUCUACCUCUACUACAGUGGAAGUGAUUGGUUGGCAACAGAGAAGGAUGUGGAGGGAUAUUUGCUGCCAAAGCUGCGGAAAGAUACCGUCGCGGAGGUAAACAAAUUGCCCGACUUCAACCACAACGACUUCUUAUGGGGAUUAAGAGCGCCAGACGAAAUUUAUCGGCCUAUUAUCUCCAUUAUUCAAAAGGAUCAGCCAAUGAAUGAUCGUAAGUGUGCCAGAGAUGAAAUAUCAGGCUUCGGGAUAUAUUUCAGCCCCCAAAGCGACCACGGUCCGUUCCGUCAUCAAGCCCGCCUCCGAGACCAACGAAGACUCGGACCUCCUCAACACGAAAGAGAACAACCCAGAACUUGUGGACAAAGCAGCGCCGGUAACCGAGAAGUUCGUUCUCGCCGCGGACGACGACUUAUUGGCCAGCAGUGGGAUGAAGAGCGGCGAAGAUGCGGAUUUGCUCAAGAACACUGGACGCGAUCUCUAG